GCAGAAUGUUGUAUGCCGAUGCAGUCCUCUUCUGUAAAGGUCAGAUCAGAAUCACCGCCUGGAACGUACCUGUAGAAUUGGCAUUAUCGUUGUGUUGUGCUUCGCAAUCAACAAGUACUGACCAUACAACUCAAAGGUGAUGGAACGAACUUUGCAGAUUCAACGAUGGCACAAUACUCGCGUCGGUUCAAAUUAUUGUGUUGCUGUUUCACCAUUUCGUUAUUGGUUAACAUGGCCUGGCUUCCUGGAUACUUUCAAAAUUAUGCGCAUCGGCACAGAAUUCCGUCACCCACCAAAAUUCCGUCACCCUUCAAACGAGUGGGUUUGUUGAGUUCUUCGAAUACCACCGAUGUGGGAGCCGAAACCGACCUUGAUGCAACACACGGCUUUUCCCUGGCGCUAACAAUCCGCAUGGCAGCCGUACCGAAACUGGUUCAGCGUCUGUACUGCAUAUUCAUCCGUUCGUCUACCGUAUUCUGGUCUCCCAAGCUGGGCCCAAUCAGCCUGAUUCUUGACAAGGAAUCAGAAACAGAUCAUCGAUUUGCACGUCAACUGAAACAACAGGAGAAAGAUGUAGGCCUCAAGUUUGAUUUCGUGUACGAGCCACUCCCCGAUACUGCCUCGGGCUGGAAACCCCAAGGCUACCAACGUCAAUUGUGGAGCAGUUUCUUCAUGGAUCUCUUCAUCAAUGCUUCGGUCAUUGGUUUGACUGACACGGACGCGGUGUUCACGACACCGGUGACCCCUGAAAACAUCUUCAACGGGCGUCGAUUGCGAGUGUUAACUUACACUGAUACACGGCGAAUGCGGCACAGAGAAGAAUUUCAGGAGUCAACACUGCAGGCACUCGGAAAGGUUAUGGCCUCUGACUUCAAGGCGUAUUUUCCAUCCUACUACUGGAGGGACACUAUCACCAACUGCAGGAACCACAUAAUGAAGCACAUGAACGUCACCCACUUUGACGACGCCUUUCGCCAGCUGCGCCAUGUAAGCCCCGUCGACAUUAUACUGAAUUACGCCUACUUCUUCGAGCAGGACCGUUACGACUGGCACUUGGAUUUCAAGCAGACUUUGAAGGGCUACAAUGCAAAACUACCUCCAGGUGUAAACAUUCAGAGGAGUGAGACUAAACCAGAUGUACAUGUCGCCAUUCAUAAGCGUUACUACAAUAAGCCCCCCGACCCAUUACUGCAGGGAUAUUGCGUGGCCAAGCGCUAUGUUGGUACCCUUCCUACAAGCUGCUUACAAUUUCAGAAUGUCACCAACUUUCAGCUUUUUGAGUUUGACGAUCAAAAGGGACAUCUUAUUCGCGGGACCUGGUGCUCGGGCAAAAGGCGCCAAAGGUGUAUCCGAUACAUCGAAGCGCAUUACCAGAACGUCAAGAAAUACUAUAAUCUGGGAUGGUAUGACCUGGAUUUGAGACGAAUAACUGCCGUUGAGGAAGUAGCAAGACGGGAGAAUAUGACAUGUCCAAAAAUAUUCCAAUUGGACUAGAUGCAUGAAAGUUUCAUAGUUUAAACUCUCCUAUCUCAAAUCAAUCAGUACAAAAUCAAUAGUAACUGGAUACGUGGCUGGCUUGUUGGAAUAACAAUAGAACUAUUUGACCGUGUAAGAUCAACAAUAAAACAGUCAGCAAAACAAUACGGGCAUUGUUUUAUACAUACAUUCUUCUUUUAAUAAGUUUGCGAAAAUGUUCUGUUUACUCAAUCGAUGAUAUCAGUUUUGUUCAUGCCGUGUAGCAGUGUGAGAGGUAUUGUACUGGAACUUUUUACCUUAAUUUUUGUAACUUUUUAUUGGAAGGGUAUUUCUUAAGAAUGUUGAUUGUCUUUGUUUGACAAAAAUUAUAUUAAUACAAAACUGGCAGUUUUAAAAUUUGAAGUCUA